GGCAGGUCCUUCUGCUGAGGGGAUCGGCCGUGUAACCGGUGCUGGCCGGCCGUUUCUUUUGCCUGUCGUUUUUCUUGCACAGGUGGAUUUGGGGCCGCUUUGCUUCAGUUUUUGCCCCCUGUCGCUGCGGCCCCAACCGGCUCUGCCGCAGAGCCGCUCCGGUGCGCUCGAGGCUUCCUGAGCCGGCACAGCCCAGGGGUGCGGGGCCGAGCCCGGCCGAGCCUGGGAAGCGCGGCGGGGGCACCAUGCCUGCCACCUUCGCCGGGAGGCGCCUGGGGCGGCUGCUGCCGCCGCUGCUGUUGCUGCUCUGCAUCAGUUUCUCGGGCGGGAGCCCCGCAGGUAAAGAUCCAGUUAUGACAACACAAGAUGCCAGUCAGUCUCAGGCCAACUCCUUGACUAAGAUGCAACUUGGACUUAAUGAAUCAUCUGGUCCAGAUCUUACCACACAAAAUCUCAAGAAGCCAAGCAAGGAGCACCAGUCUGAUGGCUCUUUUCUGCAGUUUGAGAUACUCCUACCUGGUCCUCCUGGUACUUUGCUGGAAACAAAUAUCAGUUUGGCCAAUGCAAGUACAGUUGAACUUUCAUGCAAAUUAGAUCCGAAUUUUCAUUUUAAAAGUCCUCAAAUGACUUGGAAAAGGGGGAAUGAAACAAUCAGUCACACCAGUAAAACUGAGAACAGCUGGAGCAUCAAAUUGGUGGUAGUGGAUAGCAGUAAGAUGGGAAGUUACAGCUGUAUUCUGAAAGGCGACGAAGAAAUCAGUGCUACGUUUAAUUUACAUGUACCGAAAAUUGAAGCAAGAGAAAAACCUAUAAUCACUUAUGAAAAAGAUACAGCUGUAAUGGUUUGUAAAAGUGACUCUACUCCCAUGACUUGGACCUGGUAUAUGAUGAGAGGAAGUAAGCCGGUUAUGAUUAAUGAAUCUUUGUGGACAGACAAGUACCUAAUUUCUAGACUGUCUGCCAAUGUAACCCGUCUGAGGAUACUCAAGCUCACCAAGGAAGAUGCUGGUGUAUAUUGGUGUGAAGCUGUUUUCGAAUUAGGGGAAAGUGAAGGGAAGAUGGAACUUAAAGUUCUGUCCCUCAUGGCACCUCUCAAACCCUUCAUAGCAAUUGUGGCUGAAGUAAUUAUUUUGGUAACUACCAUUAUCCUUUAUGAGUUGUAUUCGAAAAGGAAAGGAAAAUGUACAGGUGGAAAGGCAUGUGACCAAACUGAGAAACUUAAAUCAGGUGAAGGCAGUAGUGCUAGCCACAGAAGAAUUUAAUCCAGUUCCUGAAAAGGAGACUUAAGCCAACAGAAGUGGAAAUUGUUACAAAGCUACAGAAGAUGUAUGCAGCUAUGCAUUUUAAACAUUCACUGUGUUUCUAAGUAAAGUCCUCUAUGUUCAUGAGAAAAAAGAUGCUGUGAAACUGCUCAUUUUUUAGAGAUGAUAAUCUGCUGUAUUGCAUUUAGACUUUUGCUGUCUGUAACGUUUGUCUUUUUACUACUAGAAGGUGUUUUUUGUGAUUAGAUUUUCUGUUAGUUUAUGACUGAUCUGUUUGAUUUUAUGUCUUAAACUGGAACUAACCUUGCAUUCACUGAAUGAAUGGUUAAUAUAAGAGUGUGUUUUAUAAAGCUGGACAUGUAAGACUAAAAAUGUGUUUCCACAAAAGAAAAUGCCUUUUACUAGCUGAUGAAGUAAAUGUGACACAGCCAUUUUUACCAAAGAAAUGGUGAUAGGGAUAUCUUUAUCGUGGUUUAAAUGAAACAUUAACAGUUGCAAUUUGCUCUGAACAGUAAGAUGUCUUCAUUCUUAGCCUCGUUCUGAAUGCUGCUAUACUGUACUUCGUAAUAGGCUACACUCUUAAAUACUGUACAGAUCAGAUAUUUGAGUAGAUGAAAGAAGUAACUGGGAUACAGUACCUUUUCAGACUAUAACUGCAAUAAUUCCUUAUGCUUGCACUGUCUGGGGCUGCAGAUUAUUGUGAUUAUAGUUUAUACAGAACACUGAAUUUUCAUGAAUAUACUUAUAUGGUUCUGAUUAUACAUCCUGUCUAGUUGGUACUUCUGCUUUUUUCAGCAAACUGUUGUUCUUUAAACUCCUUGCAAAGCACAGGAAGGGUCUUGAGCCGCUAAAAUUUUCAGAAUAGUAGAAUAAAGCAACAUGAAUACCACUAGUUCUCUUACACAAAAAUUUUACCACUACUGUUAAUGACUUAUGAUAUUGCUUUAGAAGAGUGAGUUGCCAUAAUACAUUAUGCAUCCAGCAAUUGAAAAGUAUUCAGCUAAUAGGAAAACAGUUUGCUGCUUUAGUCGCUUUUGCUUGUUAAUCCAGAAGAAAAAUAAGUAAAACUUGAAUUUUGAGGGAGGAAAAGUAAAGCCUUCAGGAAAAUUUCCCAGUGAAAACAUAAGGAAAAAACAGGCAGCAUUUGCAGACUCUCAAAGUAAAAGGAAAAAACCAUCUAAAUAGCAUUUCUUUGUACUGGUCAUUUUUCUUUGAACAUAAAGGAACACAAUGAAGAGAUAAAAUAGAUUUAAUUACCUUCCUUUUUUUUGUUUCACACAUUUGAAAAAAAGCCUGGCACUGACUGUUUUGUUACAGAUGGGAGACAAAAUCCAGUCUGAUCUAUGUGAUUUUGCUUUUCAUAUUUCAUUUUCCAGCUUUAAGAACUACAAGUUAAAGUUGAAAUAAACAACAGUGAGAAGUAUAUAAGCAUUAGGUGAUUGUAAGACAUGAACACCGGUAAAGAUUUUCCUUGCUUAGAUACUGUGUUUAUUGUAUUUUGCCAUGGAGUUUCUAUGCACUAUAAAAACAAGAAUGCAUUUACAGUUUUUAUAUGAAUUUGUUAUUGAUAUAAAAGCAUUUUUGUUGCAGCAAGUAAAUGUUUCCUGCUUUAAAAGGUUUACUUCUGUAUAUUGUUUGACACGUUUUAGGUUUGUAGAAAGUUGUUUCUUAUAGGAAGUUCAGCAAUAAAAAAAUUAAUCUUACAGAUCCAAGAAUUAGAUUCUGAAUAAAACAGCACUAAGAUAUUUUGCAAUUGAAAAUGAGGCUCAAAUGAGGCUGUCUAGAAAAAAGCCCAUCUCUCAAUCAAAAAUAGUAACAACAUCUUUCUGCCCUCACUUAACAUUCCUACCUGAUCUUGAAAUUCUGGUAUGAAGUCCUGGUUAACAUAGGGAAGUCACAUGAAUAGAUGGGUUUUUGGUAUUAGCAAAUAAGGCAGGGAGAACCGGGGUUAAGCAUGGAUUUUAGAAGCAGCAUGUCAUAGAUCUAUCAGGACUGAUACAAGUUUGGUCAAAUUGGCUACUGAACCAGUAGUUCUGUCUUGACCUGCCUCUAGCAUGUUCGGCUUGCCGUGUCUGCAAGGGGUUUGGUGUUUAUUUUUAGGUUUGCAGGUAAUUUUUUUUUCAUCUUGGUGAGCGGUUUCGUUCCAUGUAUGUUUGCCUAGGUUUAAACUUUCUUGGGCUGUCUUACAGAGGAAAAUAAAUAAUACUAGUUGAGAAAUAUUAAAUAAUUGGCAUAAUUAAUGGUGAAAUUCAAAGGCAUAAGCCCUACUGGUUUUGGUCCCGAAAUCUCAGGGAGCUCUGGAAGUCUUGAAAUUUAUCUUUAGAGAAAUGUGUAUGGUAUAUGUUAAAAACAUUCUUUUUAUGAUCUGUUGAAUUUUUUAGACAUAACCUUCAAUGGAGCAAAAAUUUGGCAGCUUAAAAAAAACCAAAGCUCUAGGCGGUGAUUUUCUUUUUUUACUUCCUUCAAGCCAAAUGAUACCAAAUGAGGGCCAAAACAAUUUUGAAGAUAUUUCCUUCAAAAGCAGUUAGAGCUAAGUAUAAGGAUCCAUUGAAUUACUUUUAAUAACAAACAUUAAUAAUUGACUUAGGUGGAUAGACUGAGUAGCUAUUACAUUUGUUUGGCAGAUCUUGCCUUCCAAGAUCAAAUCCAUCUUUUUUUGCAAGAGGAGAUAUCUUACAGCUUUUCAUAACAACAAAAGCCUUACCCAUUUCUUAAGAGGAUAAGGUUGAAGUCUGCAACAGAAUCCUGAAGGUCUGUUUCCUAGUGGUUCAAACUGCUUCACUGCAAAUUCUUCUUGUCCUUAGAUCCAAAGUAGACCCAAGCAGCUGCAAGACCAAGUUCCUACUGAAGAUGGACAAAUAUUACAGCAGUUUUCAAACUGUGGGUUCAGAUAGAAGUGUAUGAAUAUUUCUUUAGUAUGGAGACCUAAGAAUUACUGUGCAGUAGGUCAGCAUAAUUGAUCAGCUGUAGGUCAUUUGACACAUGCAGUCCUGGCAGACAGAGGGGAAACACCAUCAUAAUUGAUGUUGCUACUAAAAUCUUCAUCCAUAUGCCUCUUUUUUCAGCCAAAGCAAGUGAGGGUUAUAUUCUGCCUUUAAAUUCUGCCUCAGAACUUUUCAGUGGUGACUGUUGAGCAAGGAAGAUUAAACUGAUGGGUGUAUUCAGUAGGGGAGUUUGAGUGGUCUCUUAAGUGUGGAGCUACCCAGCACAUGUCGUCUGACCACAGUUAGCCACAUCAUGAUUCAGUUCUAGUAUGAAGCUCCCCAAAAAUAGGAAAGUGAAAAUAGUGAGGAAGAAAGUGGUUGAGAAUGGUGUAGGGACACGGAAAGGAGCUGCAUAGGAGCACUAAAUAGGGCUUCUGAGGGACAGACUGCAGUAGCUGAGAUUACCUGCAAUUAUACACAUACAAGAAAGACCAAGUGCAAAUCUGUAAGAAAACUUUUUUCAGCUGUGCCUCUCAGUAUUUGUGUAGGAAGUUCUGUGCAGUAAGUGAAAGCAAUCUGCCAUUGCUGAGCACUUGGAUGUGUGAAAACACAAAGCCAAAUGAGAUGUCUUUGUAAGAGCAUUAUAAGUUGUAUGCUUAGCAAGUGUUUCUCCAGUAGUUUAAAGCAGUUAGUCUUGUUACUUCAUUAUACCAGAACAUUCAUUUAUAAUUCUUUAUGAACGAAUAACCCAAGUUCUGAACUUUAGAGUUUGUUACUGAAAGUCUUGAUUUGUCAAAAUUUACUGUUGGUGACUGAGUUUACUUCUGUAGUUGUUUGUUCUUUCAUAGCCAAAAGUAUUUUCUUCAAUACAAAAACUUCAUCUGAUUUAUUUUUGUAUUCAGCCUUACAUUUAACCAAAGAAAGAUUUCUGUUCUUUUUUAUUACUAGUGUAAUAUUUCUGUCAACUGACUUGCUGAAUUAUUUUCAAAUUGACAUUAAAAUUUAUGUAAAAGUGCCUUAAAGGAAAAAAUUUGUUCACUGUAGUUAAUUUUUUCUCUUGUGCAAUGUGUUGUUAAAAGUUUACUCUGAAACUUGACAGCAAAAUCUAUUUUUCUAGUGAAAGAUUACUAAGCCUAAUGUUUUUUUCACACUUGCCGUAUUUUACAUUCUGAUUUUAUAUUCUCUGCUUGCUGAGCUGUUUUACUGUAUUGUUUAAGCAAAUGGAAAUAGCCUCUUUAUCUUUGAUGUAUAUCAGAUAAUGAGGACAGUAGUUAUAAGUAGUGUGAAUUGAUAAUACUGUACUUAGAAAUAAUUUCAAUAAAUUUAACCAUAAAGUAAGAGUAAA